AUGAAGGCUAACAUCAAAGGCGCCAAGCUUAUAAAUGCACGUUUGCCUUCAUCGAAUUCUUCAUCAUUAAAUGCAACCGAAAGUGAUAAAGUUUGGCUUCUGGGUUGCUUAUGUCUCUUUGUUGCCUGUUGUUGCUGGUCAUUUUGGCUAAUAAUACAGAUCCAUACUUGGAUGCAUGGAAAAUCAAAUCAUAUUUGCAACUUAGCACUUGUUUAUAUGCGGGAUUUCCAUAUGUGCACAAGCAUGGGUCAUCGAAAGAAGGGGUCCAGUAUUUUCAGCAAUGUUCAAUCCUUUGAACACAAUCAUUGUCACCAUCCUCGCUUCUAUAUUUUUACAAGAACAAAUAUACGUUGGAAGUGUGAUAGGUGCAAUUGGAGUCAUAAUAGGAUUGUAUGUGGUACUAUGGGGUAA